AUGGCUCUCAAGCGCGCCUCCGCCGAAGAGGAAAAAGACCAAAGAGCCCUGGGACACGACCCAGGAGACCAGAGAGGAGCCUCGUUAGAGCCAAACCUCUCGGAGGACCCUCUAAGCAUACACCAGAAAGUCCUCCGACAUCUGCAGCAGACAGCCAGGAAACCUAUCGCCUCACUGUACGAUCUUGCAGGACUCAUCGUCACAUGCUGUGCCUCUACGUUUGAUGAAACUCAAGUUCCCGACGAUUAUCAAUUCUUCGAUUUCUUCGAGAACUCGAUUAGCAUAGUCAACGAGAAAGUAACCCACAGCCUCCACAAGUUCAAACAGAGUCUCACAGCCAGAGCAGCCCAGCGUAAAUCUGCAAGCACCCCUGAGAGACUCCACCUCGAAUUCACAGCUGCUGAGCAUGAGGAGCUUAGCUUCACAAGCGAGAUCGACCUGGUCGUUGAAACUGAGGAUAUCAAAGACGAGCUUCACAUCCUGAAGGCCGUCCUGGAUGACCAGAGGAAGAGUAUGGAGCAACUUGAAGUAUUCCUGCACCAAGCGAGAACCAAGGUAGAAUACAUCAACUACAAAGACGACAACUCCAACCUGGUGGACUACAGUUGCAUUGAUGUUCAAAUGCACCGCAUAACGGAGAUGAAUGAGCUCGCUGAAAGAGCGCUGUCGUCUCUGCGCCACCUCAUCGAUCUGAAGCAAAAGCAGGCAAACUUCUCCGAAGCGAUUUCAGCGCGAGAGCUCGCAGAACAGACAGCCAAGAACACUACACUGCAGGGAAAGACACUAAUGGUCUUCACCGUGGUCACCAUAAUCUUUCUGCCUUUGUCCUUCUUGGCGGCGUUCUUUGCCAUCAACGUCGACGCAUUUCCCUGGAAUGAAAACGACAAGAUAUCACUCAACUAUCUUCUUCGAUACAUGUUGAGCAUCGGGUUCGCCUUAGCUAUACCAUUCGUUGGUCUUGCAUUCAGCAUAGAUGAAAUCGGCCACGGGAUCGUCAAAGUCUUGAGCAUGGGCAGAGCUGGGCGAGAAGCUGGCGGCGCUGGCCAUGGAGUGACCGCCCUUGGCAAAAGGUGGAAGCCGUCGCGUCGAUUCUUUGCCCCCGGUGUCAUUACUCUUGCUGUUUUGACAACCGGCCUUGUCAUGGUACUUGUGUGGACGUCGUCUCUGGGAACACAAAGCAAGGCGACGGUAACAGUCUGUUUCGGCAUCUUUUUUGUGUUGAUUUCUAUUGGCAGGGGCCUGAUCAAGCUUUUUGACAUAAGGCAUGUGGGUGGAAGUAUAACAUCAUCGUCAUCGGGGGAGUCCCAAUAUAUCGCAGAGCCAUAA